AGUAGGUACCCGGGUCUUUGUAAAAUGGUUGCCGAUUUAUAAUGUUAUAAUUUGGCGUAAUAUUUGAUUUAUAUUUUAAUGAUAAAUAUUUGGUCGAGUAGGUAUGCAAUUGACUUUAAUCUGGCAGCUGAGGUGAACGCAAUUAACGUAAAAAUGAAUUUUCUUUUUGUGGGUGUCUUGGUGGCGCUUUUAAAUGUCAGCUUAACUCAAGGUAAACCCGAGCCCAAUCCUGGCUUGGGCGGCCUCCUGGGCGGCGGCGGCGGCUCGCAGCAGCACCAGCACACGGAUAAGAAGAGUCUGCGACAGUCAGACGACACGGUAACCCACGAGGACGCCUCGGCGGUUGGCUACGGUGACGGCUCAUUUAAGGAAACAUCUCAUUCGGACUUCACCAACGUUAAAAAAAAAAAUCAAACUCAUGAGACUAGUGACGUGAAAGUAGGUUUAACUUUGGAUAAAGGAUUAACUGUGUCCCGAGUACACAAAAGACAGAGUGAAGACGAUACGACCAAAGUAUCACACAGUGAGGAUGCAACGAAUACUCAAGAUGGUUCGUCCGAAGCAUCAAACUCGACGUAUGCGGCUACACACAGGAGGGAAUCAGAGGAAGAAACUGAUACAUUCAGCCUCGGAUUACAUGGAUUAAAAUCAAGCAAAACAACGAGAGAAGAUACUGUUCAAGAUUCCGAGUCGCGAAAUGUGACUAGCAGCCAUGACCGAACCGCUAAUUCAGAAAGUAGCCAAAGGAAAGAGGAACACGGAACUAGCCACGAUGAAACACAUAAAACUACAACUGAAGAAAAAUCGAUAUUAGACCUAAAUAAAGGUCCAGGUGGUGUGCUGGGCGGCCUGGGCUCCAAUGGCUCACAGAAUGGAUCACCUGCGGGCACUCAGAAAAAAGUCACGAAAAAGACAACAGAAUCUAAGAAAAGCAGUAAAACUAGAGACGUGCAGGAGGAAUCCAUGCAGACUGAAGUGGUGAAUGGACCAGCCGGCCCCGCCGCGGGGGAACAAUGAGGGUUUUACUAGCGCCAUCUAUGAUUUAGUUACUAUCUACUUUUUUCAUGAGUUGUCAGAAAAUCCCGUAAAAAUAAGUACCUGCUGAGACGAUCGCAGGGAUAAUAUAGGUACACAGUAUGCUAUGCAGGUAUAUUUGAUUACAAGAUGUACCUAAUUAUAACUAAAAACCCUUAUAAAAUAACUAAUAAAGCCACCUUUGAAAAUUUAAUGGACA